AUGCAAGGCAGGCUCUGGAAAUCCCUGCAACUAUUAGGAUGGGUAUAAAAGCCUCUCCAUUUGGCUCCUCUUGAACAAAUCUUGAAAGCAGAUUGUAUAAUUCCAAAAAAAGACCUCUCCCAGACCAAUAUGCUGUGUCUUCAUCUCCAGAGGAGACCCUCUCCAAGCUUCAUCAACUCAUUCUUACAGCCACUGUGGCCAGUGUCCAGAGAUGUCUUUUCAGACUUGGAACAGGACAUGAUCCAGACUGUAGAGAAGAUCAAAUCAAGCUUUAAUCUCAUGGAACAAUUCCACCAGAAGCUGCUACAGGAGCUGACAGUUGAGCAGAACAAAACCCUGCCGGUGCUCAACAGCAGCAAUCCAAAGGCCGCCGAUAAAGGGUUCACGCUGUGCCUGGGAGUUGAAGAUUUCUCCCCAGAAGAGCUCACUGUCAAACUGCUGGGAAGAAAGCUGUUGGUGACUGGGGCAAAGGAGUCAAAGUGUGACGAUGGGAAAGGCUCCUUUUCCUACAAAUGUCAGAUAUUCAGAAAGGAGGCAGAUCUUCCUGUGAGUGUGAGAGAAGACAAGUUGAGCUGCACCAUAACUCCAGAGGGCAAGUUGCUUAUAGAAGCCCCAGAGGGACUGACCCCGGCUGAGGAGGGGCGUAAUGUGCCCAUCCAGCUUACAGGAAGCCCGGCUACAGUUCAGACUACAGAGGAGGGUUCUGAAGGGAGAAAAGAAUCAGACACUCAAAAUCCAAAGUAAAUGGACAAAAUAAUUAUUAAGUAAAGAGACUCAAUUUUAACAGUUGUUUAUCUGCCUACUAUUAAGGGAGGCUGGUUUGAAUUUAAUAUUUGUGUUAAAUGGGUAACUUAUUGCUGCAUUCAGCAAAUAGCUGUAUUAAAUAAAGGAUAUCUUUUUAAGUAA